ACAGAAAUAGUUAAAAUCCCUUCUAACCGAUUUAGUGAGAAAGAAGGGGUAGUUGAGUAAUUGACACCACUAUUUCCACAUGUAUGUUAGCUUUUGUUUAGACAGGGUUUUGGUGAUGAAAAUUUGGAAAUGGGAGGAGAGUUGAGUAGGUGACGCCUUUCAUCGGGUGAGUUAAAAGGGGAUGAUGCAUGCUGCGCCCAUUCUCUUCAUCGACGUCGUUCUUUACGCCAAAUAAACACCUCUCUGCUUCCAAAUCCGUACCUUGGGAGAGUCGGGUAUUGGUAUUUGCAUAAAUAUUAAGUCCAUAGCCUGAUGAAUUGCUGCUAGGGUCAAGGGUUUGCCAUCGUUUGAGGGGCGCCCUUUGCAAAUUCCUGGGGAAAUGAGGCACCAUCAACUUUCUGGUUUUGGUCCUAAUGCGUCUCAUCGUUCUCUGGAGUCCCUCUCUCCUCAUCAGCUGUUGGAGAAUAAAAUUGCUGCUCAGGAAGCAGAAAUAGAGCACCUUGUAGCGGAUAACCGGACAUUGUCAAGUUCACAUGUGGCCUUAAGAGAGGCGCUUGUUGGUGCUGCGCAGGAUGUGCAAAAGCUGAAGUCACACAUGAGAAGCCUCCAGACUGAAAGUGACAUUCAGAUCAGAGUUCUACUAGAUAAGAUAGCAAAAGGAGAGGUUGAUAUUAGAGCCAGUGAUAGUGUGAAGAAGGAUCUAAGACAGGCUCAUAUUGAGGCACAGAGCUUGGCAGCUUCCAGGCAGGAACUGGGUGUCCAAAUUCAACAGGCGACUCAGGAAUUGAAGAAGGUCCAUGGUGAUGUGAAGAGUAUUCCGGAUUUGCAGGCUGAACUGGACAGUUUAGUUGAGGAACACCAGAGGUUACGUGCGGCAUUCGAAUAUGAAAAGAACAAAAACAUAGAGCUGGUGGAUUACAUGAAAGCAAAAGAGCAGAAUCUAAUAGCGAUGGCAAGAGAAGUUGAAAUGUUAAGAGCUGAGAUUUUGAAUGUCAAGAAAAGAGUAAAUGCACCUAAUCUGUUUGGGGCUCCUAGUCCUGUAGACAGCAGUGGUCCCUUUCUUGAUGCUUACGGGAGAGCUCAUGGUCAGAUGACUGCUGGCCAAGUAGGAGAGGGCUUGGUACCAGUUGGUGAGAGCAAUGGAGUAGCAGCUGUCAAUAGUGCUGGUGGUAGUGGUGCUCAUCGGUCAAGUUCAUAUGAUCCCUUAGUAGCUCGGAGGUGAAGUUUAACGACAGUUAAUCAGAUGCAGCUUGACUUCAGCUUUUGCUGGUAAAAUGUAUGGGAACUGAUGGUUUUUUUCUAUGUAAAUCUCACAGAUUAGGUGGCUUUAUUUGUAGCUCCUUUCCGUUUAAUGGAUACAAUUUUUGUGAAUUGUUGAAUCAAAUAUGCAAAUUGAAGAGGCCUAUGAUCUCUCUCUCAAACAAAACUAAUGGUAGAAUGAAUUGAAAAUCUGAUCAAGAUGGCCUAUUUAAUGAGCUAUAUGAUAUUGUUCUCAAUUUUUUUAUCCUAGAGAGCGGAGUCCUAUUUUUCAGAGUGAAUACGAAACAUGCUCGCGUUUUGUUUCC